GCUAACUUUUUGCAGUGCAUGCAGCUGUCAAAAUAUUGGAUUCAAAUUUUUUCGGCGCCCAUGUAAACAAAUCGAAGUUUUCGGUUAAUUUUUAGUUCUUUAAAAAAUAAAUAAUAAUCUCAAACAGUUCAUAAUGGAUAAAGACACUUCAAGGAUUUUUACCAACAACAAAAUGUUGGAUGAAGUUCGUCUGCUGAACGCCCGCAACGAUAAACUGCUCAAGGAUUUUGGCAUCGACCUGAACAACCUGAGCGAUGCCGCCUGCGAAUCUCUGGCCGAUUACGCCAAAAUCAAACAGCUCACGGGCCUAACCGAGCUGGAACCGUCCUUUGUGGACGACUACUGCUACCAGGAGCAGUCCAAAGCGCUGGAAGCCCGCCUGCAGACCAUCACGCUGAAGGCACAACUCAAACGGCUCCGGGCCGAGAUCAAAGCCGAAGAGACGGAUCUGGCCAAACUGGAGCACUUUGUGACGGAAAGCCAGGCGCAACUGAUUAGCAGCGAUGAGAUGGAAAAGUUGCGCGUCACGCGAGAAAAGUGGAUCGAAAUGCUGCGGAGUAAGCAGCGAACAUUGAUGGAAAAGGCAGAUGUACUGAACUUGGACGAUUUAAUAGCAAAAGUAAACGCUAUUGAAGCAGAAGAAAAUGCCUAAAAUUUAUUAAUUUAACCCAGUAUUUUUUUCGGUAGCUCAGUGGUAGGUUAGUGGAUCCACGUGAACACUUUUAUGGAAAAUGAAAUCCCGAGCAAUCCCAGAUCUAGUCAAAUUCCCAUAUUUUAUAAGAAACUUCAAUGUUUAAUUCCAAAUAUGAUUAGUUUGUUGAGGGAGAUUUGACGCUAUAACCACGGUAUAUGCAGUAGUGUCCAGGGCAUUACAAUGGAAAUACAAUGUCCUUGCAAUAUCCCAUCCCGGAGCACCAAAACUUCUUAGCAUGGUGGCUCCCAACGAUUAAUUGACUAAACAAACGUGGACGUGAGGAUCCCCACGUUUCUUCCUCCCCUGUAGAUUCAACACUGUUUUGCUGGAUGAUCUUACUGUUUUCUAGCAGAAAUGUUCCACCGUUAUAGCAGGUCAUUCUCCAGAAUGCCAUCGUUAGUUAGUUCAGAAACUUCAAACUUUAAAGCAGAUUUUAGCUUAUUUCAAGCAAAUAAGCUUAAUAACUGAAGAAAUUCUUGAAUAACUUUCGGGUGUCUGUUGUAAGCGAAAAAAAAUAAAUAAUCAACAAUCGCCGCAAUAAUUGCGCAUAUCGAGACAGGUUCUUAUCACAUUCAAUUGAUUGGUUUAUUGUUUAUAAGAUUGUAUACAAUGUAUAUCACGUAUCUAAAAAUAAAUCAAUAAAUUGUUAUGUUUCACUUGGGGAGUUGUCAGAGUUGAUACCCCUUCAAGGUACAUUUCAAGUAAAACAAUGUUUAUAUGUAAAUAUAUUUACAAUCAGGGCUAAAUAUUAUAUUUUUAUUCAUCGUUACGCUUUCGUUACUUAAAUUGUACUGCAAAAUAUACAAAUUCAGCAAUUCCCCAAGAAAACAGUUAUCCGAUCAGGCUCAAAUUUUUAUGAGGGGUUCCUUGGCCGUAUAUUUUUCUUUGGCCAUUAGGGUGACCUAUGCCAUGUUAGGGGGGGCCCGAAAAAUUGCAAUUCUCGUCGAUUUUUGCAAAAAUCACAUUCUUCAAAAAAUCAUAACUCCGCACCAUUUUAACCGAUUUUAGCUUGAGCGCAAACGACAAACGACAGGCUUUUAAGGAAAAAUAGUGAAAAGUUUCAAAUAUCUAGCCUAACAUUUGAAAAGUCAAA